AUGAUACGGGCAAUCCACAACGAUCCAGAACUAUACGACCGACCAGACGAGUUCCUCCCAGAGCGCUACGAACAGAGUCCUCUCGGCUUUAAGCCAGAUGUCGACGACGCAACAGACGGCAUUCGCAAGACGUACGCAUUUGGCGCAGGGAGGCGCAUCUGCCCCGGGUCGCAUCUGGCGGAAAGCUCCCUAGAUAUCAACAUCGCAAAGAUCAUUUGGGCAUUCGACAUUGGGCCCGGGAUUGACCAAGCGACUGGACGGCAAAUGCGAGUGGAGGAUGUCAAUGUCGAUAUCGCGACGCAGUGGACGGACGGGUUCCUCAUUGCGCCCAAGCCGUUUCCGAUUCGCCUGUCGGUCCGCUCGGAGAAGCAUCGAGAGGUGUUGGAUCAGGAGCUCAAGGAGGCUCAGACGAUCUUUGACUGUUACGAGAACUAG